AUGGGUAAAAAUAAAGGAAAAGUCAAUAGUCAACGACGUAAUUUUGUUUCUAAUAAAAAGUCUAAAAAUGUACAUAAUCGGUAUAAGCAGAAUGUCUCAAUUAAUAAUGAUAUAAGUGAAGAGAAUUUUCUUGGCCGUGGAGAGACAGAUAUGAUUGACUUAGAUCAUAAAGGUAAUAACAUUCCUAUGCCAUUAGGAAUGUGGGAUUUUGAACAUUGUGAUCCAAAAAAAUGUUCAGGUAAAAAAUUGGUUAGAUUUGGUAUAGUGAAAGAAUUAAAAGUGUCAACUAGAUUUCGGGGAAUCGUUUUAAGCCCAGAAGGAAAAAAAGCAGUUUCACCAGCAGAUCGAGAAAUCGUACAGGAAUAUGGAAUAGCUGUUAUUGAUUGCUCUUGGUCUAAAUUAGAUAAUGUUCCAUUCAGUAAAUUGAGAACUGGAAAUGAUCGAUUAUUACCAUAUUUAGUAGCAACAAACCCCGUAAAUUAUGGCCGUCCUUGGAAAUUAAAUUGUGUUGAAGCAUAUGCCGCUUGUUUUUACAUAACCGGGUUCAAAGAGUACGCUCAAGAAAUAUUAUCAAAAUUUAAAUGGGGUCAUUCAUUUCUUACACUUAACGGUGAAUUAUUAUCAAAAUAUGUACAAUGUGAAGAUAGUACAGAAGUUGUUAAAGUUCAAAAUGAUUGGUUAAAAGAUCUGCAAGCAGAGUAUACUCAAGCUCGCGAAAAAGAUAAUGAAGAUGUCGAUUUAUUAGCUAGAAAUCCAAAUCAUGAGUUUUGGGAUCAAGAAGAAGAAGAAGAUGAUGAUGAUGAUGAUGAAAAAGAUGAAGAUGAUGAAGAAGAUGAUGAUGAUGAUGAUGAUGAUGAUGAUGAAAAUACAAACAAUAACUAAAGAAUUCCAAG